GUUUUCGCUUAGCACGAAUGUUUUCAGAUAAGCAUCUAUCGUGUUAAAUGAGGAAUUACUGCAAUUGUGCUUUGUCUGAUGGACUAUCAAUAUUGGUUCUGCAGACUUCUUUAAAAGGUUAAACAUAUCAGACUAGCUCUGAAUAAGGUGUAUCUAGAUAAUAAACACUUUGGAAAGGCUGUGGGUCAUGUUUUUAGUGUAUUAAACAGAUUAAUGUUAGUGGUUAAAAGUCCUUUAUAAAAAGUAUUUCUGAAAAAAUGGGCUUGUGCCUUUAUUUCUUGUUUUGAGUUAUGAAGAAUGCUGAAAGUAUGUUGGGUGGUUGGGUUUUUUUGUUUUUGUUUUUUCUUUUUUUAUAAAUUGAAGUAUUUUGUGUUUUUUGUCUUAUUAUCUGCAGUGUUGUUUAAGACAAUCCCAGUUGUGUGUGGGGUCCCCCCAUGAGACCUUUUCGGUGGUUUCUGAUGUAUUGUGUACUCGCACAUUAUUUGAAAGAGAGAGAUCUAGAAUAUUUAGUAAGGCUUACAUUCUCCUUGAGAACAAAAUGAAGAACCAGUCUAUUACAGAUUUCUUCAAACCAGCUCCAAAACAAGACAGAAUCUUGUUGUGUUCUCCGGACAAAAGAAAUGUAAAAAACGGAGUUGCUGGACUGUCAGUCACAUGUACAGAACAAUUUGAAAAGAAAAUAUCUUCUGAGAAGAAAACUAGAAGGGAAACAUUUCCAGUCCAACCAGCAAACAGGAGUCCUGUAAUAGAUGGCUUAUUGAGAGGAACGAAUAGAGAGAAAAAGGACAGUCCAAACGUUUUAGAAAACAACAGAGCAUGCAUGGUGCCAAGCACAAAGUAUCCGAAGGUUGUGGUUCGAAAACUCCUUAUGUCUGCAUGCUCUCCAAACUAUUCUUUGACAAAAAAAGAUAAGACUAGUAUGAGAGAACCUGGGAGGAAUGAGAAGUGUCCAACUAAAACAAGAACAUCGUUGUUUUAUGAAAAUGGUAGGGAACAGCAGAUUGAACGUAUGGAUUUAGAGGAAGCCAAUUCAAACCCCUGCAAACGGGUUUCUACAUCAGAAGCAGAUACCUUAAACUAUGCCAGAAAUAAUGACAAUGUGAACAAUAAACCUUUGUGCCAAAAACCAGGACAUUCCACAAAGCUCCAGCACAGCUCUGAGUCACAGUUCUGGUUACCACUGGAUACUUACUGCAGAGAAGGAGAGCAGAAGAGACAAAGAAUGGAACAACCUAAACUGCAGCCCUUCAGCCCAGUAAAGGCAUUCUCAAGAUCAGGUGUAUUAAACCAGGGCAAUGGAUGUCUCGUAAGAAAAAGAUCAAGCUCUACUUCAUGGGAGACCACUUCAGAUGAUUCAUCUCAAUCAAAGCAGGUUUCUCCUCCAGUUCUAUCAAGAUGGUCAACUGAAAAGGCUGUUAAUAUAUGGAAAAAACAGUCCUUCUGCCUUAGCUCAAUUUCUUCAGGCCUGUCCAAACAAAAAGACUUUCCUGGAAAGAGAAAAAGGAUAUCUGUGAACAUGGAUUUGAAAAAUUCAGGAAAACCUGUGGUACAAACUUUGAAUGAAUCUCAUUUCAGCAGGUCACCUGAAAAAUGCAAAAAUAGAAAGUCUAAAUCAAUAAAAGACAUUGUAUUAGAGACUCUGGGUAGUGGUGCUCUGCAACUGGAGAAUGCUGCUAUGUCACACGUAGAAGACGUUCCUUUUUCAAAGGAAUGUUUUGACAUAAGCCACGAAAAAGAUACUUCCUCAUAUGUGGCUUUAUCACCUUUAUAUUCUGGAAACCGUGCUAAUAAAAAUGACCAAAUCUGUGGUGCAGAUACCAAAGAUCAGUUACAAGAAUCUGGCUCACAUUUCCUCUUAGAAAAAUCGCCGUUUUUUUCUCAGGAAAAAGCUACUAUAAAGACUGAUCUCCACGAAUUAACUAAAUCUCAGUCAAACACUGUGUGUAAAGAAGAAACAAUUAAAUGCCCACAUUCUUCUUCCCAUAUUCAAAGUGCUGGUUCAUCUCUGGUAUUAGAAACUAGUAAAGAACAAGUCAAAGUGACUCGGAUUGAACCUAUCUUUUGUAAAGCUGUUAAUGUACAGCUUCCCUCAGAGUCUCACCAGAACUUUACUCAAUCAAAAGAGAAUACUGUAAAGAAUUCAGAGGAAAAUUCUAACUUACCUUCAAUGGACAUUAUUGGCUUCUCUAAAAGGACUAGCAAAAUUGUUGCACGUUCACUGACUUUUGAAGAUGGAUGUUCAGCUAACAGCCCUAUGUCUUCACAGGUUUUUAAUGAGUUGAACAUUGAAACCUCCAGCAUAACUUCUGUGAACAGAAAAUUAAGCAACAGUUCUGAUAGUGGAGAUGAGAGUUUUGACUGCAGUCUGGACAGCGAUGAAGAAGAAAUGCUCUUGCCCCUGCAAGAUAUCCUGUCUUCAAGUUCAAAACCGCAUGGUGGAACUCCAGAGGGAACUUGUCCUGAGGAUCUUUCACAAGACACCUUGACUCCAUCACCCAAGCUUCCUCUUUCUAAGCUUCCUGUUGUGAGUCAGGUGUCUUAUGUGAACAGCCUAGAGCAUCUCUUGAAGGAGAAGGAAGAAUCCAAAAGGGUAGAUGAACUAGAGAAGCAACUACAAGAAGAUAUACAGGAAAUUGGACUAAAUUCUUCAACCAGAGAGGAAGAGCAAGAAAACUCAGAUGAAGAUAGAGAACUGUCAGAAGAACACAGGGCAUUUAUCAAGAGGUUUUCCAUAGUAACUGAUGCCAUUCCUGAUUAUCAUCCUGGAGAAGAAAUAUUUCACUUAUCAAACUCUGGGAAAAUCUUCAAUCAGCAUAACCUUGAUUUGAGGAAUUCUGGUUUCAUCCCUCAAAAUCCUAUAGAAAAACUCCUCCUUAGGUCAGAAGUUACACAGCAGCUUUCUUUAGCAACUCAGGGUUUUCUCAGUUGUGCUUAUAGUUGUACACUGUGCCCCAUACCAGUUUCAAAGUGGCUGUUUCAGAUGAUGUCAAUUCAUUCAGACUACUAUGUUUCAAUGCAGAUUUUGGAUACACUGAUGGAGAUAACAAUUAAAAAUGCUUCCAUUGGUGACACACAGUCUAAAUUGUGGAUUCCCUCCCUGUCGGAUAUAUCAGCUGUAUUUAUCAAUAUGGGAGUUCCUUUUCAAACUUUAUUUCCUCUGCAGCAUUUUCAACCUAUCUUUACUGAAGAUGACAUUUUAUCCGAAAUGCAAAUAACAGUGGAAAAACGAACAAGUGGAAACAUCUCUGCAGCUCCAGCUUUUUCUUGUCUGCCAGAAACCAACCUAAUUAAUGUGGUCAAGUUUCUUUGUUUUUGUACAACUAUGUAUCCGGAUGGUUAUGCGGACCAAGAAAUAUUGCUUCUGCUAUUACUGCUAUUUAAAAUUAGCCUGGAAAAACUAUUGAAACAAAUUCCAUUGAUAGACUUUCAGUGCCUACUGAUAAAACUACUUAAAAACAUCAGAGACUGGGAUGCCAAGAUGCCUCAGCUCUCUCUAACAAUAAGUGAACUUUCCAGUCAUCACCAUGAUCUCCUUUGGCUAGUUCAGCUGGUUCCUAGUUGGGUAAAGCGUGGAAGACAAAUGAGGCAGCACCUAAGCCUAACGAUAAUUUCAAAGCUUCUUAACAAAAAAUAUAUCAGUUUACCUGAUACCAGUGACCUGCAGAUGUCUCUUCUAUAUCAGUAUCUGGUGCAGAUGAAGCCUUCUGACAUAUUAAAGAAAAUGAUAGAGGAAAGGAAGAAGCAGCAGCAGGAUGAGCUCAGUGGAGAGUGCGCUCAUACAGAACUAGAGCAACAGGCUUACUAUCUGACCUACAUUCUUCUUCACUUAGUCAGCGAAGUUAGUUGUUUUGACAUUGUGAAUUCUAAUCAAAGGAAGUGCUUACUGAGGCUGUGCGGUGCCUUAGAAAAACAUGUGAAGUGUGAUAUUCGGGAGGACGCAAGGCUGUUUUAUAGAACUAAGGUAAAAGACUUAGUUGCUAGGAUAUAUGGCAAAUGGCAGGAAAUGAUUCAAAAUUCUCGGCCUACUCAGGGGAAGCUGCAUGACUUCUGGGAGCCAGACUUGUGAAACAUAAGCCAGGUCUGAGG